GCGGCAGUCGAGGUACCACGUACCUCCCCUCACUCACUCAGUGCCUCAGGCUCAGUUUGCUCACCACCGAGCAGUGAAAUAGACGCGUGAACUCACACUCCUGUUAGUGAACAUUUGCUAAUCCCUGACCACACGACCGGUGCCCUUGAAACAUACAAACUACAGUACCCCUGUUUCUUGGUCAGAACUGUCUUGCCUUUAUCGAGGGGAUUACUAUAGUUUGGAAAUACGAUUGUGAACUCCACCAAACACACUUGUCUCUACAUUAGACUUGUCAUAUCGCGCCGCUCAGUUGGGUAGUGUCAUGUUUUUUUAUUUUUUUAGGGGCUUAAUAUUCAGCCUCACUAGAGUAAUACUGCACAUGUUUUGAUGGUUGAUGUUGUUUACAGUAUAUACUGUACUGUAUACACAAGUGCUGUGCUUCACCAAAUGUGUCCUCACAGAAAGAGCGCUGUACCAAGAAGAAAAGUAGCCGUGUAAAAUUUUAGUUGAGAUUGUCACAAAAAAAAACAAUGAAAUGAGAGUGAAGUGAAGAAGGCUGGAGCUACAGCAGAUGGUGCACAUAACAGGCUGGAGGUUCGGUGCAAUUAACUACAAGGCGCCGACGUGGCGACUAUGGGGCGAGGAAAAAUGCGAAGGCGCCAUAUACACGGUAUACCUGAAGAAGGUUCGCUACCACCACCCCUCCAGGAGCAUCACACAGGAGUCUGACGACGAUGAAAUCUCCCACCUAGAGUGGGAAACAGUGCGGGUGCGGUUCCUCAAGGCUGGGACUCUUGAGAAAUUAAUAGAAUCUUUGGCAUCAGACACUGGUGAAUUAGAGUCCACCUUUGUUAAUGUAUUCCUUGCUACAUACCGCACCUUCUCCACAACUAGACAAGUCCUAAACCUCAUCCUUGAUCGCUACCUCGCCCUCAGUUCCAGUAGUAAUAAGAUUUAUGGUCUUCGAGAAGACCAUAAAAAGGCUCUGAGACUGACUCUCCAGGUAUGGCUAGAUGCUUAUCCUGAAGACUUUCGGGAUCCUCCAUUCUUUUCCUGUUUGAGGCAACUAUCAGAGUUCACCAAAAUUCAUCUCCCAGGUUCAGAUUUAAACAUCAAGGCUGGCUACAAGCUGGAUAAAAUGAAGAGAGAGGAGGACAUAAAAGGUUCAACUAUGCUAGGAAAGAUUUUGUCUUGUGAAGAAAUGCGUGUACACUGCUCCUCACCAAUGAGUAAUGGGAACCACCAACCAUAUGAGUUUCUCGACAUACCAGAAUCGACUUUUGCUCAGCAGCUAACUAGAAUGGAUACAGUUCUCUUUAAGGGAGUGAUAGCUCAUCAGUGUUUGGGUUCUGUGUGGUCACGGAGAGACCGUGGUCGUGGAGAUGCAGCAGCCUCUGUAACAGCGACGGUUGAUCAGUUUAAUGCCGUCAGUUUCCGUGUCCAGUCUACAAUUCUUGUUGAUACAGAGCUCAAGCCCUCUCAGCGUGCCAGGCUUAUUGUAAAGUGGAUCGAUAUUGCUCAGGAGUUGAGGAUGCACAAGAACUUCUCUUCUCUGAAAGCUAUUAUAUCAGGUCUGCAGUCCAACCCAAUUUACAGAUUGAAAAAGACAUGGGGAGCUGUCAUAAAAGAUAAGGCGGAGCUGUAUGAAGAGUUAGCAAGAAUAUUCAGUGAAGAGAAUAAUCAGUUAAAUCAGCGAGAGUUACUUAUGAAGGAAGGAACUGCCAAGCAUGCUCAGACUGCCCAUGCAAAUGACAGACAUCUUCCCAAAGCUCUUGAAAAGUUAGCUGUAAAUCCACUAGCCAUCAGCUAUGGAACAAUUCCAUACCUUGGUACAUUCCUGACUGAUCUCACCAUGAUUGAUACAGCUAUCCCAGACACAGUUGCCAAUGGUCUCAUCAACUUUGACAAAAAACGCAAGGAGUUUGAGGUUCUUGCACAGAUCCGGUUACUGCAAGGUGCAGCUAAUGCCUAUCAAAUGGAGAGAGAUGAAUUGUUUGAGCGUUGGUGGGAGUCUGUGCUAGUGUUAGAUGAUAAAGAAUCAUGGAGACUCUCCUGCCAAAUUGAACCCCAGGGAUCUUCAGCUCAGUCAUCAACAAGAGAGGGAAGGAUGAGGAAAAGAGCUCAAAUUGGUCAUCGGAAGAAUGAUAGUAUUGCCAGUACCUCAAGUGGUUCAUCUAGUAGUCAAUUUUUCUUUGAUAAUGACUCUCUGAAUACUCCCAUCAGUCACAACGAUACUUGCUCUUUGGAAAGAAAGAUGUCAACGUCCUCCAGUAGUUCAUCACUACCAUCCCUAGAUGUCUCUGUACACUCGGGUGGCACUUCAGCAUCAGGACGUACUCCUGAGCGUAAUUCAAACACGCAACAGCAGCAGCCAGCACCUUCACCAUACAUCACUCCAGAUUUCUACAUUAUCAGAGUGUCGAUUGAAAGUAGUGCACAUGAAAUUGAAGGAGUAAAUCUCUACAAGAGCAUCAUGUUGAGCAACUCAGAGCGGACUGUGUCUGUCAUUCGAAAAGCGAUGGAAAAGCACGGAUUUGAGGGUAACCCUGAAGAUUACACACUGGCACAGUUUCUGCCUGAUGGAGAGAUGCUGCUACCUGCAUCUGCAAAUGUGUAUUAUGCAAUCAACACUCAGUAUGAUCUUAAUUUUGUAUUGAGAAGACGAAGACAUGGUGAUGAAAACACAAUCAUUAGAAAAAAUCCAGCAAAGGACCACAAAGUUCGCAAAAAACUUUUGGUUACGUAGCAUCAACCUGUACGAUAUAGCUUUGGCAACUUGAUAAACCCCUGAAGAAGUUAGUUGUAUGAAUCAUUUACACCCAAUUGACACUGCAAGAAAGUUUUAAGGUCAUAUUCAAUGCACUGUGAACCUAGAAAGACCUCCCAAGGCUGAAGUUAUAAGAAGACAUUAAUUAACAGUUGAAAAUAACAAAUAGUAUUUUAGAAUAUGUGUGUGUGUAUGCAUGCAUGCAUACAUACAUACAUGAAUGAGUAUGUGUACAUACAUACAUCAAAAUUCAUUCCAUGUGAGAAGAUUAAUAUUUUCCAAUAAUAACAUAUCUGGGUUGUAUAAUUCUACAAAUGGCUCUCAUUAAAGUAAUGCUGUGAAACCAUUUCUUAUCAGUACUGUACUGUGUAGUAUUUGUGUAAUAAUGUGUCCUGAAGAAUAUAUGAUCUGAAGUUUUAUAUGCAGUAUUUAUGUUCUGAUGUAAAAAUUUUGUGUAUGGAGUAGUAUGCUAGGAAUUUUGAAUGAAAGUCUUCAGUUGAUUUUGUAAAUAUUUACAGUGUGUGCUUGUUGAAUAAUACUCAAUUUUUCAGUAAUAAGCUUUAACUUUAGGCCUUCCUGAAAGUAAAAUAAACUCUAUGCUGUAUGUGCAAAGAAUCAACGAAUUUAAUUUGUUUGUACUUUUAAAAUAUAAUUGUCUUCUUGAGCACUUUAGCACCCUACCAUGUUAUAGUCACAUGGAAGCGUCUCUCUUGUUUUGAACUAGUGUUUGAGGCUAAUUCAUAACAAAGCCAUGUGAUACUAAUCUAGUUAUGCAUUUCCCAUUAUCUGGUGAAAAUAAUAGAAAAUGGGAUUACUGUGCACACUUUUAUUGUUAAUAUUCACCUCAGUUUCUCACUUAUUGUUCUCUAAAGAAUUCUCUCCAGUUAUGAGUAACAUUAAACAUUCUAGGCCUACCAUAGCAGUACUAACAACUGUCAUAAAAUAAUGCUAAUCAUAUCCUGAAGUAUUGACAUAAACACUAUAAAAAUAAAUCUUUAAAUGAUCUGCUGUUUUAAAAUAAAAAUUAAUGUUAUGAUUCUUUAUACUGUAUACAAUUUUUCACCAUUCAGAGUACAGGAAGUUGUUGAAGAGAGUUCAAAUUUUAUUCAUACGAGUUGUAAAUAUUGUGUAGGUUAUUUUGUAUACAUGUAAAAACAUUCUAUUGUUACCUUUGUAAAUAAAGUCUAUCAUUUCUA